AUGGCGGACAUCUUCUCUUCGCACCCUUACCCUGGUCGUAAGACCAUCAACCCUAGCACCCACCACUGUGCUGUCUGUGACAGAACCUUGGCAUACAAGGACAGGGCCGCUCACGAACGCAGCAAGAAGCACCGCGCCGAAGUGGAGAAACAGAAGGCCAAGGAAGCCGCCGCCAACGCCCCCCAAGGCAACGAGAACAUUGAUCCCAAUGCCUGCCACAACUGUGGCCAGCGUAAGUAUUUCUCAACUCUCUCUUCUUGUGAAUUGCUCACUAACACUACCCCAGCCGGUCACAUGUCUAGGGAUUGCACCGGACCCAAGAAGAUGACUGGUGCUUGCUUCAACUGUGGUGAGGUUGGCCACAACAAGUCCGAGUGCACUAAGGAGCCUGUCAUCACUUGCAACAACUGCAAGGGCGAAGGUCACAUCUCCCGCGAGUGCCCCGAGCCUCGUUCCGCCGCUAACGUGACCUGCAACAACUGCUCUGAGCUCGGUCACUUCUCCCGUGACUGCCCCAAGCCCAGAGACUGGACCAAGGUCACCUGCAACCAGUGCGGUCUCAGUAUGUACAACCACAUGUGCUAA